GGCGAGGCCAUGGCCAAGGUGUCGGUGCUGAACGUGGCGGUGCUGGAGAAUCCAAGCCCUUUCCAUAGCCCCUUCCGGUUCGAGAUCAGCUUCGAGUGCAGUGAGGCCCUGGAGGACGACCUGGAGUGGAAGAUCAUUUACGUUGGCUCCGCUGAGAGUGAAGAGUUUGAUCAGAUCCUCGACUCCGUGCUGGUCGGCCCUGUCCCAGCAGGGAGACACAUGUUUGUAUUUCAGGCUGAUGCCCCUAAUCCAUCCCUCAUCCCGGAGACCGAUGCUGUCGGUGUGACUGUGGUCCUCAUCACCUGCACCUACCACGGACAGGAGUUCAUUCGAGUGGGCUACUACGUCAACAACGAGUACCCCAAUCCUGAGCUGCGGGAGAACCCACCCCUGAAGCCAGACUUUUCUCAGCUCCAGAGAAACAUCUUGGCUUCCAACCCCCGGGUUACUCGCUUCCACAUCAACUGGGACAACACCACAGACAGGCCAGAGGCCAUUGACAACCAGGACCUUUCUCCAAACAGCAGCUUCCCCCUCAACUGCACUCCUGUCAAGGGCCUGGGCCUCCCAGGCUCCAUUGCUGGUCUUCUUCCAGAGAACUCCAUGGACUGCAUCUAA